AUGGAAUAUUUUCAACAUGAAUGGUUAGAAAGAAAUUUAAACUGGUUUGAAGGUGUUUCAAAGCUGAUUCCGUCUACAAACAAUGCUUUGGAAUCUUUUAACAGAGUGAUUAAAGAUGAGAAUACUUUGCGGGAGAGAUUGCCUUUAUCUCGAGUUGUAGUUGUUCUCAUAAAUACCUGGUCUCUUCAGUACACUGCAAAUGCAAAGACAGUGCAUGCAGUUCCUACGCUAAACUUAGGUUUAUGGACCAAAGCUUAUCAAUGGGCUACUGAAAAAAAAAAAAAGAUUGUCUCACAUGUUAAUUCCGAAGGAUAUGUUUAUUUCAUUCCUGCUGGUCAAAGUAAUGAAGUCACAGAUUUAGAGGAAACUCUAAAUGCGAGUUUUUCCACUUUUGAAGAGUUUAAAACUGUCGCGUUCAGCAUUUGGACUACUACUAUUCCGAAUGAUUCAAACAAAUGGAUUGAAGGCACUUGCAAUUGCCCAGGAUUUUUCAAAAAAUUAAUUUGUAAGCAUGUAGUGGGUAUCGCAAUAAGGCUGAAAUAUGCAAACCCACCCGCUGAAGCCAAAUCGGUUCCCAUUGGAGCAAAGAGGCGACGUGGCCGACCAUCUAAAGCAAGGCAGGCACUUCUUGUCCAAUAG